UUGGGUAAAAAAUUCAAAGCCGCCUCCAGCAUGUUUUUCUAACCUCACUUUUACAAAUUCGGAUGGGUGAUGGUUUAUUGACAAAAUUAUGGCUGGAAAGCUUUCGUUUUUAUUAAGAAAAUUACUCUUAGUUGUUUUACUAACUAACGCGGUUAUUACAUCGAAAUUAAAUGCUCCUCAUGUUCUUUUACCAAUAUUUGAAAAUGUGGAUGUAACUUUUCAACUAGAAGCUGUAUCCGGAGGUUGUUACAAAUGGAGUACAUCAAGAUCAGAUGUAAUUUUAUUGACACUCGUUGAUCCGAGCCCUCUCGAUUGUUCAUCUAAAGUCAUCAUUUCUUCUGUAUUAAAAGAUCCUGUGCGCAAUGUAGCUGUUGUACUAGCUGAGGAAGUAGAAACACAAUUAAUUUUAAGAGCUGAUGUUAUUGUUGAUGUAAUUGACAAGUUGGGUAUUGUAACAACCACAAAGGAAAUUAUUUUGGAAGAAAUACCAGAAGUGUUCAAAGUUGUCGCCUAUGAUAGCCAAGGGAAUCAAUUUACUAGUCUACAGGGUGUUGAGUUCGAUUGGAAAAUAGUUAAUUUAGGUUCAAAUCAAGAUGUGACAAUCUUAAACUUUAUUCCAUUUGGAGAAUCUUCAUAUGAUACCAUUGAUUGGAUUGAGGAAUUUGAAGAUCAAAAUAAAAGGGGUGAUGUUGUUUUAGUUGGGGGAGUUAAGACUGGUGCUGCCAAAUUGGUAGCUUCUUUACCUUACGAUGACUAUGCAGACUUAGAAGAAGUUGAAGUUAUAUUGGCCGUUAUAGCCAAUCUUAUUAUUAUGCCAACAGAUGCUCACGUUAUGCCUUUUGACACAGUUUAUUUUAAAUUAUAUUCUGUUAAUAAUGGACAAAUGGAAGAAGUAGAACUACCUGAUUCACAAUAUUUUAUGGAUAUUGAAAGCCCUGAAAUUGCUUCUGUAGAUCCAAAAACUGGGCUCAUAUCAUUACAACUUACAUUGAUGAUACAACUUAUAAGAUUAUUAACGUAUAAUAAUGGACAAAUGGAAGAAGUAGAACUCCUUGAUUCACAAUAUUUUAUGGAUAUUGAAAGCCCUGAAAUUGCUUCUGUAGAUCCAAAAACUGGAGAAGUAACUGGUUUAGCAGAAGGUCGUACAAAAGUAAAACUUCGUGAUAGUACCGCUGAAGAUAUAGAACAACAGAAACUACCAUCAGCGUUUAUUAAUGUCUGCAUGCCAUCUUAUAUAAAACUUAGCAUACUUCCGUUUAGAAAUUGGGCGAUUUUAAUGAAUUUUCCACAUGUUUUAUUGGCAGAGGUUUAUUCAAGCACUGAUCACAAACUUGAUCUUGGACCAGGUGUUGAACUACAAAUACAACUUGACGAAAAAUUUCAAUUGGUGGAAAGAUCACCAAAUGGUACAUGGUUAUUUGGAUGGGGUCAAGCCCCUGGUAGAUCUACCGUUGUUGCCACGUUAGAUGCAAUUGUUAAUGACAAAUUGGGAAGGAAGGAGAUUGGCCCUAUUAGUACUAAACAAGAAAUGAAAAUUUUUCCUAGCAUUAUUAUUAACCCAUCUGAUGUUGUUCUUCCUUGGGAUCCAGUUGCACAACCAAGAUAUCAAGUUCCUUUGACUGCACGUGGUGGUGAUGGUAAAUACUUAUGGGUGUGCUCAAAUAAUUCUAUAGCUGUUGUUACCCAAAAUGGUAUGGUUAAAACUCACGCAGAUGGGUUUUUUGAAGUAUCUGCUGUUAUGCAAAUAAAUCCAAAUAAUCGAGAAAGUGCAAAAUUUUAUAUUGUUCCACCUACAAAACUUGAAAUAAUUGAAUACAUAACAGAAGCUGAAAUAGAUACAAACAUUUACAUCCACAUCGCGAUUUAUGGUGAAAAACCGGAUGCAGAUAACAAUCCAGUUCAAAUACCAUUCACUAAUUGUCAAGAUUUACCAUUUAAAAUAGAUAGUGCUGAUCCUCAUUUUUUAAUUGAUACAAACAAGACGAUGGAAACGAUCGGUGUAUCAUGCGCUAAUUUUGCUGUGAAUAGUUCGGUAGUUGGUUCAUCAAAAAUAAGUGUGUCUUAUAAUAUUGGUGGGAAAUAUCUUCAAGAUUCAGUCGUUGUAAGCACAUAUAAACCGCUUACAAUGAUUUUUCCGGAAACUCCGAUAGUUUUAGCGGUUGGAACUACAAUUCAAUUGAUUUUUACUGGCGGGCCAGCAAUGAUGCAUGGCAGAGAAAUCCAAUAUUUAAAAGGUAUCAUUACUGAAAAUUCAGAUAUUGUCGAAGCGGCGGAUAUAACUGAAAAAAUGGAGUUACCACCAAGCGAAGAAGAGUUUACAGUUGUUGGCGUAUUUUGUAAAGCUUUAGGUGAAUCAAUGGUGAAUCUUACUAUUUUCGACGCUCCUACUGUUGUUAACACUCAUAGUAUUGAUUGCCAAAUGGAUGUAUUGAUAAUUUGUGGUAAACCUCGUACGUUGAAGAUUCAACCUGAAUUAAAUACCGACAACGUUCACUCGUGUCCAAUGGAUUUAAGUGCUGAUAAAGCUUUAAUCCAAAGCGAUCAUGAUACUGAAUUGGAUAUAGCCGUUAUGAAUGAAAAUGGUUUAAGAUUUUUAAAUAUUACAACUUUGCGCUUUGAGUGGUCGGCUGAUCCUCCGGAAUUUGCCGUUUUACAUUCAAUGGAUUCUGUAAUUCCUAGGGAUAUUUUUAACGGUACUUUAAACUUUGGUAAUAAAAGCUAUCAAAUUGUUACACCGAAAACUACUUCUGGAACCAUUGUGGUUAAUGCUAAAGUUGUUGGAUAUGACAAAAUAAUGUUGGCUAAAGUUAAAGUUACCCCAGAAUGGCCAGAAUUUUUGGAUGAUAGUGAAAAAGAUGCGGAAUUGCCACCUAUUGAAACAUCUGUUUCUUUACUACUAGUAGAUGAUACUCAAGUUGUUCCCACCGACGUUACUUUGUACAAUCAUCCAUCAAGUACUGCAACUGUUAGUGUUAAUUAUGGAUCUGGUUAUUAUGAAAUGGUUCUUAGUACUCCUGAUGUUGCUGAUGUGGUUUAUUUGAGUCAUAAACGACAAUUGGAGAUAACACCAAGGAAUGAUGGAGAAUUAAAAAUUGAAUUGCACGAUUUGUGUUUAGCUGGAACACCUCCAGUUGUAAAUGUUCACGUAGUUUCAGUUUCGAUGAUUCGAGUCGAUGUAGCUGAUAAAGUAGAAUUAUCCAAAUUUAUACCAUGUACUGUCAAGUUAUACGACAGUUCUGAUAAUCUAUUAAAAGUACCGGUCGAUAUGAUUGGAAUUCAUAUCGAUCAAGAUCCUGAUUUAGCGAAUUUUAAUCGAUUAACACCAGAUAUUCUUGAUCCUUGGCCUGAUGGUAAUAUUAAAUACACAAUUCAAGGUGAAAAAGUGGGCAAUACAAAAAUCAAAUUUAGUAUAUCAACUUCAGUAAUUCCAAUUGAAAGUUCUGUAAUAGACUUACAAAUAUUUGAUCAUCUUAAACUUCUACCAAAAAAUUUAACCACCAUAAUAGGUACAAACGUGCAAAUAAUGCAUGAUGGCGGUCCAGGUACAACACCAACAAUGGAGUUUACAUUAGAAGAGACUAAAAUUGGCGAGGUAACUUCAAGCGGAAUUUUAAGCGCAUUACAUUUAGGAUCUACAAAAGUAACUGGAAUGUGUGUUGGUGUUGAUCCAUCAAGCGGGGAAAAAGUUAUAUACGCGCAAGAUACCGCGGAAGUUCACGUAAUUCCAAUACAAGGAUUUCAAAUCAAAGCUGCCUUAACCAGAUUUCGAUUAAAAAGUGAAGUUCCAAUUUGGGUUUCUGGAAUUCCCGAACAAAUUACCCCUAUGAUUCUUGGAACCGCUAGUCCGGAUUAUAUUUACGAAUGGUUCGUUGAAGAUCCCGAUAUUAUUCGAAUAGUUAGCGUUUUUGAACCGCUUGGAAUUACUUAUGAUGCUGGAGAUUUAAUUUCGAUUAGAAUUAGAGGAUUGAGACCAGGAAAAACAAAAUUAACAUUAAAUGUAACGGUUCCUGGAAAUGUUGUUCAAUCUAAAAUGAAAACGGUGACUUUUACGGAAACUAUGGACUUUGAUGUUUUUGAAGAAUUAGCUUUGAUGUCACCGCCGGGAUUUUCUGGAAAAGCGCUUUUAAUGGCACCUAAUUCUAGUAUUCAAUUGAUGACUAACGCAGAUUCAAACUCAAGAUGUUCUUAUAAAUUGAUUGGUGAUGAUCAAAGUAUUGUUACUGUAACAUCGCAAGGAAUGCUUAAAUCAGAAGAUCAAUUAGGUUAUGCAAUGGUUCUGAUUACAUCUAUUGAUAAUCAUGGUUUAAAACAAACGUUAUCUCUUAUUGUUGAAGUUAAACCGAUCGUUUUUAUGAGAUUAAGUGUAAUAGCUGACUGGACAAUGCAAACAAGUGAAUUUAAUAACAUAGUACCGUUAGGAACCGAAUUUCAAUUAAGAGCUACAUACCAUGAUAACACUGGAAAUGGAUUUAGUGCCGGUACAGCUAAGUUACGCAUAAGAAAUUCACGACCCGAUUUAACAACAGUUAAAUUGGGAGGAGAUAACGCUACUUUACUUGUUUCUAUAGUCAAACCUGGUAUAACAAUUUUAAAAGUUUCUGCCGAAGGUAUUCAAAAAUCUGCUGAUUAUAUCAAAUUACAUGUUGGCCAAGCUAUUGUUCCUCGCGUGACCAGUUUGGUUGUUGGAGAUAUUGUUUGCAUGUGGACUCCAGUGAAUGCAGCAGCACCAGGAGUGUGGACUUCAAGUGAUGAACAACUUUUUUCUAUCGAUAGUGAAACUGGAGUUGGAGCGGUUGUUCCUACACGUAAUAGUGGAAAAAUAUAUUUAACACAUAACUUACAUCCAGUCGCACCAUUACAAAUGCAAAUCGUACCAGUUAACAGUUUAGUGUGUGUAUCUGAUGAGAAACCAACUAUAUCAAACUCCGCCAAUAAUAGGCCAUUAGAAAUUCCAGUUAUUGUUGGUGGCGAAGGAACAAACCGAAAAUCUAAUUUGUUAAAUGCUGCGAGUUGCGGCGAACUUGACGUUUCUUCUAUCAUAAAAGAAUACCCUUUUGAAUGUGAAAUAGAAUUUAGUAACCGUGAUAUACAAAUGGAGAUAAGUAGUAUUUUCCGAGUCGAAACAAUAUUUAAUACAAGAACUGGAAUGUAUUGUUGUGUUAUUAGUCCAACUGGCAUACAAGAUCCAGCGACAAGUACUUUAGAAACCGAUAUUUUAUUAACUGCAAGAGCGAGGACUACUAAUAUAGCAUCAGAACCUUUAGAAAUAGAAUUUCUUCCUUCAGUUUAUAUGGAAAGAGAUAUACAUUUGGAUGCGCAACAUUUCACUGCCGAAUUGACUAUUGUUGGGACUGAACGUGCUUUGGCAAAAAUUAAAGUAUCACCAUUCGAUCCGAAUUUAUUAGAAAUUUCUAAGGCUGAAAAAGUUGACAAGCAAACCAUAAAGUACAAAGUAAAAUUAGUCGAUUAUCAUUGGAAAUUAAACGAAUACGUCGAGCCGCUUUUAGUGAAAGUAUUUUCACAAUUAACUGAUGAAAGUGUUAAGGUUAAUGUCAAAGUAUUGAAUCCUGAACAGUUUACUGGACAAGACUUUGGUAGGGGGAAAUCACCAUUGGUUUCCAUUUUAUACAAAUAUCGACAUGUUAUAAUCAUUGUAAUUUCAAUGUUAAUCAUUUUUAUUGGUACUUUCUAUGUAUACAGCCUUUUUGUACAACCAGUAAUUCAUGUAAAUGUAACACCAGUAAGAUCACUUUUAUCGCCAAACUCAACUCAAGCAGCCCAAAGAAAUUUAGGAACACCUCCUCGAGCUAUACCAGGAACAAGCGCACAACUUGUGUGUCCUUGUAAUCGUCCAAAUUGUCCACACAAUAUGGGCCAGCAACCGCAAUUUAACUCGAUAUGUGGUACGAGUUUUGCGAAUACUUCUUCAAAUCCAAUGGGAUCUAAAGAUGGUGUUUAUGGAGAUCCGAAAAGUUUUUGUUGUACCAAUCCGGAAAUGAGACGUAAUCGGAGGUUUAUGUGACGAUCGUACUUUUUUUUAUAAUUUAGUUAGGAUUUGAAAUUUCGUUUUGUAUGUAAAUAUGUAAGUAGGUACUUUGUUUACUCUCAGGAUUUGGUGUUCAGUUAAAUUUUAUGUGUAAUUAUAAUUUAAUGGUUGUGUUGAAAAAAUUAAAAACAGACUGAAAGUUU